GGGGUAUCCGUGGUACAGCUUGCGGGCGUGAAAUUGACUGACGGACACGGCGGCCUCGGGGCUGGUGAGAGGAGGACGAGGGUCCGAGAUUUAAAGAACCCUUUUGCGGAGGGAACAUAUUCACUUAUACGGUUUCAGAAUGUCAAGUACUGUGUCCUACUGGAUUCUCAGUUCUGCAAGGAAGACCAUUGCCACAUUACAGGGGGGACAACGUUUAUAUUCAAGGUAUGCCUCAAAUAGGAUUAAAUCAGAAUGGAGACUCUUUCCUCAGGGGCCAGCCACCCUAAAAGACAACGCCGCUGCAUGUGGUAGCAUUGCUCUGCGGAAAGCCUACAGACACACAUCAACGGAGGAAGAGGACUUCCACUUGCAGCUCAGCCCCGAGCAGGUAAGUGAGGUCCUGCGAGCUGGUGAGUCGGCCCACAAGAUUCUUGACCUUGUCAGCAGAGCUCCAGAUUCAGUGUUACGGUUUGAGAGCAACCAGCUAGCUGCCAACUCCCCAGUGGAGGACCGGCGAGGUAUAGCUGCCUGCCUGCAGACCAAUGGACUGCUGUUUGGCAUCUUCGAUGGACAUGGUGGCCACGCAUGUGCUCAAGCAGUGAGCGAGAGGCUCUUCUACUAUGUGGCUGUGUCACUAAUGUCCCAGCAGACUCUGGAGCAAAUGGAGGAGGCCAUGGAAAGCAUGAAGCCCCUGCUGCCCAUCCUUCAGUGGCUCAAGCACCCAGGGGACAGUAUCUACAAGGAUGUCACGUCAGUGCACCUUGAUCACCUCCGUGUCUACUGGCAGGAGCUGCUAAACCUGCACAUGGAAAUGGGGCUGAACACUGAGGAAGCAUUAAUGUACUCCUUCCAGAGACUGGAUUCUGACAUCUCGCUAGAGAUUCAGGCCCCCCUCGAAGAUGAGAUGACCAGGAACCUUUCACUCCAGGUUGCUUUCUCAGGGGCAACGGCUUGCCUGGCCCAUGUUGAUGGGGUUCACUUGCACGUGGCAAAUGCUGGUGACUGCCGGGCCAUCCUUGGUGUCCAGGAAGACAAUGGCAUGUGGUCUUGUCUGCCCCUCACCCAGGACCACAAUGCCUGGAACCCAGCUGAGCUGUCACGGCUGAAAAGGGAGCAUCCUCAGUCCGAGGACAGGACGGUCAUCAUGGAAAACAGGCUGCUGGGUGUCCUCAUGCCCUGCAGGGCCUUUGGGGACGUCCAGCUGAAGUGGAGUAAAGAGCUGCAGCGCAGUGUCCUGGAGCGGGGCUUCGACACUGAGGCCCUCAACAUCUACCAGUUCACCCCCCCACACUACUACACCCCACCUUACCUGACAGCCAGGCCAGAGGUCACCUACCACAGGCUGAGGCCCCAGGAUAAGUUCCUCGUGCUGGCCUCUGAUGGCCUGUGGGACGUGCUGGGCAACGAGGAUGUGGUGAGGCUGGUGGUGGAGCACCUGGCUGAAGAGGGUCAGCACAAGCCAGACCUGGCCCAGAGACCCACCAACCUGGGACUCAUGCAGAGCCUGUUGCAACAGAGGAAAGCCCAGGGCCUCCACGCGGCCGACCAAAACGCGGCCACACGUCUGAUCAGAUACGCCAUAGGGAACAACGAAUACGGGGAGAUGGAGCCUGAGCGGCUGUCGGCGAUGCUGACGUUGCCAGAGGACUUGGCGAGGAUGUACAGGGAUGACAUCACAGUCACUGUGGUGUAUUUCAACUCAGAAUCGAUUGGUGCCUCUUCCAAGAGGAGUUAAGAGUCUCCCACCCUGUUGCCAAGGUUAACUUCAAUGUUCUUCUGAGACAUUUUCCCUUACUCUGAACCUGGCUCUUUAGACCCUAUGGUUGAAGGGCAGGCGGAUAGAUGCAGCUUGCUUAAUUAUAGACUAAUGUGAGGAAAAAACAGCCUUAGGUUAAAAACAAAUCUAGUGAUUUUAUGUGCCUGAGUGUUUUGAUCACCUCUUCUACGCAGAGAGAGUAGAGCACAGAGAUGAUCUACUUGUCUUGGGCUCAUGUAACCCAAGUCCUUUUAUAAAGACACUGUUAAAACUGUUAGCCUGAGCCUGGAAAGGGUACAUUUAAUUAUGAUUCUAAGAAUAUGAAGAAGUCCAGGAUCUUCUGAGCUCUUGCUGCAAAAUCUGCAGACUGAUAAUUCUCUCUGUGUAAUCAUGGACUUCUACACUAUGAAGAGAGGUUUUUGUUUUUUAUUCUGAAGUUACUAAAGACCUAGGUUUACAAAGCAUAUUACAGGACACUUUUCUAUGCAAAAUUUUAACUUGUGUGUUUUUAGUUGCGAAAACAUUUUGUAAUGCUGCAUUCUAGUUCUGAUUUAGUUUGUUAACAUUGAGUCCUAAAAAAAAAAAAAAAAAUUGAGUCCUCAAACUUGCAAAAUAGGCGUGCUGUGAGCGAGCAUGCUUGGAAUGAGUUUUCUUGGUUUUUCAGCUGCGGGUGAAGGUGGCCAGGCCUCUGGACCAGCUGAAUUUGUGUAGCUUUCAAGCCCUUCCUCUGUGUCCCACCCCUUGAACCUUUGAGCCAUGCUAGGAGGUAACUUCUGUCUGAGCCUUAACUCCUGGCCUUUCCUUCAUUAAUAAAAUUUCCUCCAGUGUUCAGUAAAUCUCUACAGAUUUACUCAUAGUACUUAGCCUUUCUGAUUAUACUUCUCAAACAUUCUUCUAAUUCCUCCAAAUGCUCCUUCCCCCUCUGCUAUGCUGAACUCGCUCACCCUGCUGACUGUGCAAUACUGUCUAGGAAGAAUGCUUUCACUUCACACGGUUUCAGGGAAGCAGGAAAUUCAAGACUGCAUGUGGUAAUCAUGACAGUUUAGGCAGGACUGGCUUAUGCAGUGGAUUCUAGACUUUAAGAUUCAGCUUGAAUCUGGAGAGGUAAAAAUGUGAAGGACCUGAGUACAGUUGCUAACCAAGGCUCCCUGGCUACAUCCCCAGGGGUAGUGGGGAGGAGGGAGG